AUGCCUAGUGCGCCAGAGGUUAACAAGUGUCCGGUUGAGUACGACUCGUACCGUCCGGUAGAUUCAGCACUGCACCGACAGAUUGCUCGCGAUGAACUGCAUGAGGAACCGGCCAUUGUCGAACAGGCCCUACGCCAGAUGCGCGAAUGGAUUGCUAAGAACCCGAGCAUCUUGGCCUCCCGCACCGAUGCCUCGUUCUUGCUGCGCUUUUUGCGCGUCCGCAAGUUCUCCCACGUGGCCGCUUGCGACACGCUCGAACGUUUCCUGAUAAUGCGCCAACGGUUCCCGGCGUGGUACGGUAACCUGGACCCCUCGGAACCAUGGGUGCAGGAUGUGAUCGAUAGUGAAUUUUUGCUACCACUGGGUCGGGACGACAAAGGUCGCACCGUGUUCCUGAUGCGAUACGCCAAUCUGGACAUCGAUCAGCACGACGUGGUUCGACAGAUACGCUUCUUUACGAUGGUAUUCGAGUGUCUGUUCGAAGAUGCGCUGUGCAGUAUUGGCGGACUCGUGCUGUUCUCCGACCACUCGCAUGUGCCGAUGAAGGCCUUCGCCCAGUGGUCUCUGACCGAGAUUAGGAACUACAUAGAUUGCGUUACAAAAUCGCAUCCGAUUCGCAUGAAGGAGGUGCAUGUGAUGAACCUUCCGCUGUUCGGUGCAACCGUCGGAGAAUGGGUCAUGAGUUGUUGCAGCGAGAAGCUGCGCAGUCGCCUCAAGUGUUACCCCUCGGUGGACGACUUCGUACGGAAAACCGAUCUGAAGGCAAUGUUGCCGACGGCAUACGGUGGCAAACAGGAUGCAGCGAAGCUUAAACAAAACUUGCGGGACAUGCUUGACCGCAACAGGCACAUCAUCGUCGGGCUGGAUGCUAUGAAGGUGGACGAGAAACGUGCGACAGCGUCCCACCAUCCAUGUAACCGAGCAGAUCUCGAUACUGGUGUGGUCGGCAGCUUUCGGAAGUUGAAUCUUGAUUAG